AUUUGGGAGCAGAGCAAAUAUGAGGUUGAGAUGAUGAAUAAACAAAGACAAAGUUCAGCAGCUCUGAUCAGUCUUAUAAAAGGGAAGUCUCCCUCUGACCUGCCUGUGCUUCCCUCUGCUUCAACCAGGAGAAGUUCACAAUGAUGCAUGCCGCCUUGGGGAUAUGGAUCUUAUCAGCAGUGAUCUGCGUGGGGAGAGGAGAUCACCAUUAUGGCCACAGUCAGGGAGACCAGAACACUGGACCUGAACCCAGCGCCGCCAGCCUCUCUCUAGUGAAUUCAGCAAACAAACAGUUCUCCUUUGAAUUGUACAGCAAGUUAGCAGCUCAUAAUGACUCAGCGGGAAAGAACAUCUUCUUCUCCCCAAUCAGUGUGUCUCACGCCUUGGCUGCCUUGUCCGUAGGAGCACGGAGUAUGACCCACAGUCAGAUAUUCAGCGGCUUAGGUUUCAACAGCACCCUCUUGACACAGGAAGAAGUUAAUCAAGCUUUCCAUAAACUUCUAGAAGAGACAAACAGCCCAUCUCAGAAAGAAGUCAGCGAAGGGACUGCUGUAUUUAUAGACAACCGCCUCAAGCCAAAGCCUGAGUUCCUGGAGACCUUGAAGCAGUCUUACUUUGCAGAGGGGUUCAAUGUCGACUUCACCCAAACCGCAGAAAGUGCCAAUACCAUCAAUAAGUAUGUGGAGGACAAGACCAACGGGAAGAUAGAGAAACUUGUCGAGAGCUUGGAUCAAAGCACAGUCAUGUAUCUCAUCAGCUACAUCUACUACAAAGGAAAUUGGGUGACUCCAUUUGAUGCUAUGCUAACCAAGGAGGAUAUCUUCAAUGUGGAUGACAACAACAAGGUUGCAGUCCAGAUGAUGAAUAUGGAGGACACUUUUGAUUCCUAUUACGACCAGGCAAUCAGCACGUCAGUCCUCCACUUGCCCUUCAACAGCACCUACUCCAUGCUGCUGAUGUUGCCUGACGACAUGGCAACGCUGGAGUCGACCAUUUGCCCAGGGCAUGUCACCAAAUGGCUGAAGGGGAUGAGUCAAAGGAGAUAUGAUGUCUUUAUUCCAAAGUUCUCCAUCAAGACCUCCUACACACUGAACGAUAUGCUGAUCUCAAUGGGAAUGACCGACAUGUUUAGUGAUCUUGCAGAUUUGAGUGGCAUUUCAGAGGGGCAAAAACUGGCAGUCUCAGACGUUGUGCACCAAGCCACCCUUGAUGUCGGUGAGGCCGGAGCCACCGCUGCAGCAGCCACAGACUUCGAGAUCACAGAUAUGGCCUUCCAGAAUAUCCCUGUCUUGAAGUUCAAUCGUCCAUUUAUGGUUACCAUUGUUGAACGCAUCACAGAAAACAUCCUUUUCUUGGGCAAGAUCAUCAACCCGAAAAUCUGAUGGGAUAAGCAGAUUUGUAUUUGCUUGAGCACAGCAGUGACAUCACAUAUAAAAAACCCUAAAAAAAAUGUU